AUGGCACAAAAUUAUAAAAAGACUGAAUACCGGAAAUGGUCUAAGGAAAGCAUGGCUGCAGCAAUGGAAGAUGUUAUGAAGGGAAUGGGCUGCACAGAAGCUGCUGAAAUCCAUGAGGUUCCUCUUUCUACUCUAAAAUAUAGGAUAAAAAAAGCUGAAAAGGAAGGUCUGUUUUUUGCCCAGAAAAAAAGAAACUGCUGGUCUAAGGAAAAAAUGGCUGCAGCAAUCGAAGAUGUUAUGAAGGGAAUGGGCUGCACAGAAGCUGCUGAAACCCAUGAGGUUCCUCUUUCUACUCUAAAAUAUAGGAUAAAAAAUGCUGAAAGGGAAGGUCUGUCUCCUCCCCAGAAAAAGAGGAACUGCUGGUCUGAGGAAAGCAUGGCUGCAGCAAUCGAAGAUGUUAAUAAGGGGAAAAUGAACAUACCAAAAGCUGCUGCUUUCUAUAAGGUUCCUUAUGGUACUUUGUACGAUAAAAUAAAAGAAGCUGAAAGGGAAGGUCUGUCCCCUUUAGAAGCUGCCUCGAAAAAGUUACGUAGUACAACUUUCUUAGAGGCUCAGGAAGAGGAACUUGUGCAACACAUAUUACUUUUUAAAAAAAGUUUAUUUGGCCUCACUUCAACAGAUAUACAGAAACUCAUAUUUGAAUUUGCUGAAAAAAACAACAUUCUACAUAUGUUCAACAAGGAAAAGGAAAAAGCAGGGCGACAGUGGCUCUACAGUUUCCUCAGCAGGCAUAAGCAAUUAUCGCAAAAGAAUUUUGAAGAAACUUCUCCUGCAAGCGCGAAGGGCUUUAAACGUACAGCAGUUCAAUUUCAAUCAUUUUUUGAUUUAUUAGAGUCUCUUUAUAAUAAAUACCACUUUUCAUGUAAUGAAAUUUAUAUUGUCAAUGAAACGGGCAUUAUAAUAGUGCCAAACAAAUCGUCAAAAGUACUAGCUCUGCGUAGAGGAAAGCAAGACUCUUUAUCUUCCAGUGAAGAAGUUCUCGUUACUGCUGAGACAUGUAUGAAUGCUGCUGGUGAUUAUAUGCCCACAAUGUUUAUUUUCCCUAGAAAAAAAGUAGACCUUGAUUUGAUAAGUAAUGCUCCUCGCGACUCAUUUGCCGUCUAUCAUGAGAGUGGAUUGAUUCAGAAAGUCAGUUUUAUUGCUUGGUUCAAGAAAUUCAUUGAGUUUUCUUGUCCCCAACCUAAAAAGCCGGUGCUUUUGCUUCUAGAUGGACACGCUUCUCAUACCAAAAGUGUGAAGUUUAUCAAACUUGCACAAGAAAACAACGUCAUUAUCUUGUCUUUCCCUCCGCAUUGCAUACAUUGGUUGCAGCCACUUGACGUAUCAUUCAUACCUGCUUUGAUGACAUAUUAUAAAGAAGAGGUGCAAGAAUGGCUAACUGAUCACCCAGGACAACAUGUAACAAUAUGUAAAGUGGCGGAACUAUACGGAAAAGCUUUUUUUAGAGCAGCGGAAAGACAAACUGCUAUAGAUGGUUUUAAAAAGUCGGGAAUAUACCCAUUGAAUAAAAACGUGUUGGCUGAUCUUAAUGUUCCAUCAAAAACCACUGAAAAACCUAUGCAGCAGGAAAUCCAAGAUGAUGAGACCCAAUCUGUGAUAUCUGGAAAUAAUAAAAUCCACCCGUCAACAUCUACAAUGUCCUCGAUCCCUAUCCCUUCCCAAGAAGAAACAAAUAUUCAGAAGAGAAACAAGGAAAAAGAAAAAACUGCCAACCUGACUUCGUCUCCCUACAAAAAGCAGAAAAUGGAAUUUGCCACUCGGAAAAGGAAGUUAGAAAUAGAAUCUCCUAAAGUUAAAAAAUUAAAUAAGAAAAAAAAGCAGAAAGACAGCUCAUCCUCAGAUUAG